UUCGUCGCUUAUUCUUCAAUCCCGACACAAGCAUCGUCAAUCACCAUGAAGCACUCAAUUGCUAUGAUCUUUGUCUCCUUGACGGCCUACGUUUUGAUGGCCUCUGCUCAGCUACCCCCUACCUGGACCAACCCUUACUAUUUCUACUCCAACAUCAACACUCCACCAAUCGUAGCUCCCCAAAAGAUUUCGGCCGACGAGACGGAAAUCAAUUCGAAGACAUUCACUAAUUACGAUGAUCACAGUAUCCAAAACACAUUAAGCUCUCAUGUCGUACUCCUAACAACAUGCCUGAGAGAUCUGAAAACUACAAAAGCCGAUUUGGCCGUAACGCAUACUACCGUCGAUACGUAAAGAAUGAGCUGAAAGAUACGAAAGAUGAUUUGGCUAAAACACACGCCGAGGUCGAAAGCGUCAAGAAGGAGUUGAAUGCGUUGAAAGGUGCAAAAGACGAACUGGCUCAAACACACGCUACUUUCGAAAGCCUAAAGAAGGAGUUGGCCAAUGUAAUAACUACAGUCGAAAAUAUGAAAAAGGACACUAGUGUGGAUGCUGCUUCCAGUAUCGGUCGAAUGCCCAAAUCUUGUGAUGAUCUCCAGAAAAUUGGACACAGGAAAAGCGGAUUGUUUUCAGUUAUGGGCAACAAAACAGUUGACAACGUCUACUGCGAUUUCACGAAACCAACCAAUGACACAGGUUUUCAAAAAGUGAUCGGCCACUUUGACAUUAAAACAACACCUGUUUAUUUUCACGCCCAGAAAUCCUCUUCCCACGUCAGCAUUCAUACCAUGGUUCCAUUUGAUUUGCUGAGAUUGAACGUGGGGAAUGCGAUGAGCACUACCGAAAUAUUUGUCGCUCCCAAAACCGGAAAAUACUUUUUCGCUCUUUCGGGUCUAACUGAAGAACAUAAAGCUGCAAACGUCGAAAUGCAAGUGAAAACUGCAACAGCGGAUUGGUCAAGAGUGGGACAGGCGUAUGGUACGCCCGGAUAUCAAACAUAUUCACUGCAAGCCACGUUAGAUCUUGCUAAAGGCGAUCAAAUGAGAUUACUGCUAGCAGCCGGAGCAAUUCAUGAUACCACCAUUCACUAUACCAGUUUCGUUGGUCAGCUACUCGAGGAAGACAUCCUUCAUUAAGUUUAAACAACCAAAGCCAGAAACACUUAAUUCUGAAAGGCAAAUCAGUUUCAGUGCAUUAUGCAUAUGGUGAAUGUUGUGUUAGACUGGAUUGGAAAUA